UGUAGGGUGGCAACAACUAUUUCCCGGAAAACGGAAAUUUGAACAGCCGUCAUGCAAUGUUGUCGUGAGAAAUUAGGAAUCGGUUUUGUUGUGUUGGGAAAAUGAAAAACAUAUUAACAUAUUGAAUCGUAUCACUCCAUUAAAAUAAUUUUAUGCUGUUUAAAAUUUGCAUGAUGCAUGAAAUUUUAAAAGUUUAUAAUGUAUUAAUUUCAUUUAAAUAAUUAGUAUUUUUUUAAUUAUUAAAUGUAUGGAAGUGUAAUUUCUUAGCGUAGGAAAAUUUACUUCUUUGCAUAAUAACUUCUAAAAUUCUGAUGGUGCCCCAAAUAUUUGAUCCAUAUUAUUUUAAGUGAAGUAUUUAGUAUGAAUGGCAAGAGUAAAUUUUCAAACAUUGGUACAUUGGAAAAAAGUAAUAUUAAUAUCAAAGAGAUUCGAAAAAAGUUUGAGAAUUUGUCUACAAAUGAUGAUUUUGAAAUAAAUAAUGAGCAGUCUACGUCAAAAAUUCCUAUUCCACCUCUUCGUAAGAAUAAAAGUAACUCUCGAGAUAGUAAAAUAAAACAAUUGGAUGACAAAAAUUCCGUUAAAAAAGAAACUUCUGGAACUCCUUGUGAAAGAAAACCAUCAGUAGUAAAGCUAUUAGAUGAUAAAAAUUCCAUUAAAAGAGAAACUUCUGGAACUCCUUGUGAAAGAAAACCAUCAGUAGUAAAGCUGUUAGAUGACAAAAAUUCUGUUAAAAGAGAAACUUCUAGAACUUGUGAAAGAAAACCAUCAGUAGUAAAGCUGUUAGAUGACAAAAAUUCCAUUAGAGGAGAAACUUCUGGAACUCCUUGUGAAAGAAAACCAUCAGUAGUAAAGCUAUUAGAUGACAAAAAUUCCGUUAAAAGAGAAACGCCAGGCACACCUUGUGAGCGGAAACUAUCAGUGAAAGAACGCACUAAAAUUUUUGAAACCAAUCCACCUGAAUUUCCCACUGGAGAAUUAAAUUCUAAUGUUUCUGAGACUGAUUCCUCAAAAGUACCUCAAAAUGUGCAUAAGCAAAACGCAUUGUACAUCAAUAUGGAACACAACAGUCAAAUGCUGCUUACGCCCCCUGUAAAACCUCCUAGAAGCUAUCAUCUUUCCGAAAUGAAAAAUCAAGCAUCUAGUCAUGCAUUGAAAAACAUAUCAAAAACUACUGCAAAUAGAAGAUGUUCAUAUAAUGAGCCCAGUAAAAAUCAUGUUCCUAAGCCCAGAAAUAGUUCCUCAUUCAGUUCUAAUUCUAAAGUGGAUAAAAAUGAUUUAUGUAAAUCUGCUAGGCCUGAUGUUAGUGAAUCCUGUAGCAGUUUGACUCCAAAGUCUCAAAAUAUUGCUGCCAAAACACAUUCCAUUAUGAAUUGUUUGAAAAAUAUAUCAAUAGCUGCUAACAACAUUCGGGAGAAAAUGAAACAGUCCAGUGUAUUUGUUGAUUUGACACCUACAACUGUGAGUCCGCCUAAACAUUAUGGAACAUUAAAGAGAAGUCAUAGCGAAGAACAUAUUUAUGCUGAACCUUAUGAAAUUUUGAAAAAAGAUAUUGAAAAAUCGCCAAAUGUUUCCAAAAAUGGCCAACCUUUACACUAUAUGUGUACGCCUCUUAUUAAGCCUAAAUUACCAGAUAAAAAUCCAGAAAAAAGUAGACUUAGUCGAGAACAUGUAAGAACAAUGAUAUAUGAUUCAUUUGCACCUUUGCGAACUGUUCCAAAAGAAAAUCAAGAAUUGAAGGAUACAAUUCCAGAUUCAUCAGAAGCUGACAUGAAAGCGAUUCAGGCUCGAAUUAUUUACGUUAAAUCAAUAAGACAGGUAUCAGGCUCUAGUAUUUGUCUUGCUCCUAAGUUGUAUGAAGCUUUAUAUAUCAUCAAUGUAACUGAAAAUCAACCUGAAAUUUCCUAUUCCUUUCCUUUGAAAGUUCCUGAAACCUAUAGAUAUCCUUUAUUACCUCACAUUUGUUUUCCUAAUGAUCUUCUCUUUAAAAGUGUGUCUACAUAUCAAAGCGAAACAUUUUAUUUUACUCUUCUUGAUAAAGGGGAAAAAGUUUGGGGAUAUUGUCUCAGGAUAACAGGGUGGCCUGAUAAAGGACUGGACUUCGAUAAUUUGUGUGUUAAGCUCCCAGUUGCUAUCUGCAUUUUAAGUUGCUUUUAUGCCCCAUUGUUUUAUAAAAGGCUUUUACUGGAAAUUGAAAAACACAUAACUUUACCUCGAGUGAAAUGUUUUAAGUACAUCAGAUCUCUCCAGAAACUAGGUGUUCCUAAUGCGGGUGCUAGUGUAUCUAUUCCUGAUUAUACUGAGUCUGUUGAAGAUAACAGGGUUGUUAUUUCAAGACCAUUUGAUUCUCAUACAGUUGGAUUUGAAUUAACUAGAGCACUACAACUUCUAGAUGUUGACAUCCUUAUGAAAACUGUUUCUUCCCUGCUCUUAGAACGAAGAGUUCUUCUUAUUUCAUCUUGUGUUAACAAUCUCUAUCAUUGCUGCCAAGCAAUUUCUCACUUACUUUAUCCCUUUGAAUGGCCUCACACAUUCAUUCCAGUUUUGCCUGCCUGCUUAACAGUUUAUUGUUGCUCUGAGUUGCCAUAUAUUAUAGGAGUUUUAAGUAGUGACUACAACUCACUUUUAGAACUUUUAGCUGAGCAUGAGCUACUUAUCUUGGAUGUUGAUAAAGGAAUAGUAAUUAAAUCAUAUAAUGAUGAAGAUACUAUUCUACCCAAAAAGAUCCAAAAAGCAGUCAUUGCUGCCUUGAACUUAGCCAAAAAUAUGACAGAUCCAACAGAAAUGCUGAGAGAUAUCAUGAUAUCAGAAGCAUUUGUACACAUGUAUGUAGAAAUGAUUGGCCAUUAUGAAAAUCAUUUUAUAGAGCAAGAUGAGAAUCUAAUAUUCCAGAAAGAUGGUUUGCUGAAAAAUGCCAUUUCCCAUAGUAUCCAGACAUUUUUGCAGUGGUUUUCUGAAACUCAAAUGUUCGACACAUUUAUCAGUGAGAGUAUAUGGAGAAUAAACUAUAGAAAGUUAUGUCAAACUAAUUUAAGAACUUUUUUUGAAAAGCGAGUUGACGAAUAUAAAUGGGAGCUUUCUCAUGGUGAAAAAUUCUCUCGUUUUAUUGAAAAAACAAAAAAUUUUGGAGGAAAAUUGAUAAGUAAAUUAAAGAAGUAAGAAAGAAAAUGGGUCCACAAAUACUGAACUUAAUAUUUUUAUUAAUAAAAAUGGAACUUAAAAUAUAAAUGUUGUGCUAUAUGAAGCAGUUUUUCUUAUAUUGUUCUCCAUGUUGCUAAAGUUAAGCAGAAUUGUUUUAUAACUUUUUAUACAACAAAUUAAAAUUUUUAUACUCAUUUUACAUUACGUGCCUUAAGCUUUUUUGUUUAAAUUUGUUGUUUUUAUGUGUGGAAAAAUAUGCUGACCUUAAUGUGAAGACUUUUAUACCCAGUUUUCUUCUGUUUUUCAAUAUUUUCUUUUGUUUGUAUUUAGUGAAUUUUAAACUUUCACUGCAUAUUUUUUUAAUUCAGUUUUAUGUGUUUUUCAAGGUCUACACAUCACUGCAUUCCAUAUUUUUUAAUAAAAUCUUUAUAGUUUUAUAAUCUAUUAAAAUAAUUCCAUUUUCUCAAUCAAAACUUUGUCAUCUAGAAAUUUUAAUUCUGAAAUGUGUAGUUUUAAUCAGUUUUAGUUUUAUUUAUUAACUUGUUUCAUUAAUUAACCCAUCAUAUAAAUAAAAUUAUUAACUAAAAUACAUUUUUAAUCAUUAUUUUUAAAAAAAUCAGAUUUCUCAUGUUAUUUUUUAUUAAAAUUUUAAAGAGAUCUCUAUAUAGUGCAAUGUUAGCAAACAAUUAACUGCCAGUAUAUUAAAAGAUCUAUAAUGAGUGCAGAACUGUAUCUUGCACACAAAACAAUAUCCAUGACAUAUUAUAUGUUGUAUUAUUUCUGUGACAAUUUUUAAAAUUAUGUAUAACAAUUCUAUUUUGCUUAGUUAUUUUUUUUACUGUGCAAAAAUUGAUACAUUUUUGAAUUACGUUUAUUGCUAUUAUUUAUUCAAGGAUGAAUAUUUGUUCUUAAUAUUUUGAGUAUACGUGAUCUGUUGGAUGCAAGUUGAUGAAUAUUUUUUCCAAAAAAUUCAUGUAUAAGCGUUUUUUAAAUUUUCUUUUAUCCAUUCAAAUUUUUAUGAAAGUGAAAAGAAAAAUAUUAAAACACGUUUUCGAAUAAUAUAAAAAUCCAUUUCAUGUUAUUAAAAAAUUAACUUUUCUUUUAGAUGCAACAGAAAUUUAUGGUUAACUUAAUUAGGUGUUCUGACUUUUUUAAAAGAAAGUUUACUAUUUUUGUAAUAAAUGUAUUAAACACAACCUUUCUUUAUGACUUGUUUUUUUCUUGUGCAUAUUCUGAAGAAAAAAUAAUGUAUAUAAAUUUCUUCUCUAAUGAAUUAUUUUUGUUAAAAAUAUAUACAUUCUUAAGAUAAUAAAAUAAUAUGUAUUAUGAGCAGUUGAUAAUAAAAUGUUCCUGCAAGGGAAAGUAUUCAUUAUCAAUAAGUUUGGAUGAUAUAAAAACUCCUCACCCAUAUUACUUAUAUUGGAACAUUCCUUACGCCUUUCCCAUUUGCAAAUGUUUAUUCCAAAAUUAAUAAAAAUAAAUAAUAAAACUCUUUUAAAAUAUAGUUCAUGAAGCAUUUUAACUUUUUUUUUUUAUUGAAAUUUAACUGCUGUGUAACUUCCAACAAAACUAUAGUUGUUAAAAAAUGUUUCUAAAAAACAUUUUUGUUAAUAAAACUUAUGGUUCGAGUUUGAAACAUGUUGUACUUUUUGAAAAAUAAAUCUGUAAAUGUCUUUAAAUAAAACUACCUCAAAAUAAAAAAAAAUGGAGGUAAACAUUUGAGAAAUACCUGGUUACUUACUGUUCAUUUUCAUAAAACUUCGUGAAUCAUUUUUCAGCCUAGAUAUUUUAUUGGGAUUCUUAGACAUUAAUUUCUAUUGAAAAUAUUCUGCCUUAUUUAAUAAGAAAAAAAUGUUAAAGAAAAUAGGUGAAAUUCUAUUGAAAAUAUUCUGCCUCAUUUAAUAAGAAAAAAAAUGUGAAAGAAAAUAGUUGAAAUUAAUUAAUGUGUGUAAAAAUUAAGCCUUAUUUAGCCGUACAUGUAAUGGUAGAGUUUUUAUUAUUGUUUUUGUUUGUUUACUACUUUGCAUAUUUUUUUAAUUCAAAUUUUAAUAAUAUAUUUUAAAUAUCUAGUAGCAAUAAUAACAUUCCACUAUUCAAAAAUUACACAAAUGCAAAUGUAUAUAUUUACACUGUGUUUGCAUUGUGCAUGUGAGGUUAGGUUAAUACCAAAUUAAUGCGCAUUUUUGAAGCUUAAAAUAUCUGCUUUUAUUUUAUCUUCACUUAUUUCUUUUAACACAUCUAUUAGUCUUUCAAACUUUUGAAAAUUAUUUAUUAAGUUUUGUUCAGGCUAAAACUGUAUUCAAUUUUUAAAUAUUUGGAGGCACAAUAAUAAAAUAAAUUUUUGGUGAAAAGUAACAAGAAUAGAUUUUUUAAAUGUAAGUUUUACUAUAUAGGGAAAUUGCAAAAAAAUGCUCUAUUUGAAAGUUUUUAUGAGUACAUAAUAGUUUACAUAUUUUUAUUUAUAUGGUCUGUAAAGUCACUAUAAUUUUACACUUUAGUACAGAAAUAUCUUUGCAUACUAGUCAAGUAUUUUUUUAUAAGGAAAAAUAAUUAUAUCUUAAAAGCACAAUUGUUUUAGUUUUUAUAUAUCCAGUUUAACGCAGCUAUGCAAUUAUAGUUACUUUUAAAAUACAAAUAUUGCCUUUCGAUUUGCGCUUAAGUGCCAAUGUUAAAUGUCUGCUGUGAUUUUUUACUUUUCUUCAUUUUAAUCGAGGAUUGCAUGUUUGGUUGUUGUGUUGUAAUUAUUCGAUAAAACCAUUUUCGUGUAAAACGUUUGUUAAAAAUAUUAAUUUAAUAAUAUAUUUUUAUUUUUGUGAAAAAAAUUUUGUACCAAAGUUCAACAUCUUUGUAAUAUCCAAACAUUUCUAUAAGUUUUUAUAUUUAAUUAGUGUUUUUUAACUUAGAAUAAUAUUUUUAUAUAAUUAUCUUUAGCUUGAGUGAGAAUUGUGGGAAAAAAGUAAAUACUUUCUUUUAAAUUACUCUAAAUUUUUGUAAAUACUUUUGUGAAUAAUUCAACUUGAAUAAGUAUGUUUGUUCAUUGUUUACAUUUUAGACAGACUCAGGCUAUGAAUACAUUUUAUGUUUUUAAUUUUUUUUCUUAUUUAAUUACUUUUGUAUACCUCAGAAUUCUUUUUAAUUAGAGGACUGUCAUUUUUAUAAAUCAGCAAAAAAUCGAAACAUGACCACUUAUUAAUAAUUUUGUAAACAUAAUAAAUAUAUAAUUAUUUAUUAUUGUAAAUGGCUGUGCUUUUUGAAAUUUCACUAUUUUUUAACAUGUAAGCAUAUUUUUAAUGUGAUUGUGAUACAAUAUUACUAUUUUUAGAUGUGAUUUUAAUUUUGAACGACAACAUUGUGUGUUAAAAGUAUAUCUUUUUGCAAGAUUUGUUUGAUUUUUUAUAUUGAAGUUGGUCUUUCAAUUAAUAAAUUGUUUUUUCAUUGUUGCUUA